GUAGAAUUGUGCCAUCUAGGUAUAAACAAGCCGCCGCCUCACAUUCUUUGUUUGUAGACAAGUCAAUGAAGCAUGAAAAAUCUGGCAAAGGUAGUAAGAGUAUGGAUGUUCCCCAGCAAACACGCCCGACUAAUCGGCAAACAAAGACCAAGAAGUCUGCUCUCUCGAUGAUUACGCGGGAGAGAGAGCGUCCCCGUACACCAGACAACUCCCACCUGUCUACAGGGGCCAAGACUUCCACACCAACAAUGGACAGUUCUAUCUUCCCCACAGAGAUUGAUGCCUCGGCUAUACAGGCCGAUGGUUCUAUCCUGUCUACAGGACACAGGUCACAUUUGAUUAGAACACCAUCCAAAGAUGGAGGCAAAAGGGACAUUCGAGCUGACCUGAGAGACAUCCAUGAUCCUUUCUCUCAGUCUAUCCUGUCCAAUGCCUCUCUUAUGUCGGACAUGAUGGAUGUCUCCAAUAGGAAGCAAUCUGUCAAAACUCAACUGUCUAAGCUGACCCAGGGUCAGAUGGACCUCCUGUACAUGCGAUAUGUCCAGUGGUUGUACCUCUACAGCAAGGCUAAGAAGUCCAGAGAAGAACAGGAGAAACGAGAAAUGGCCCAGCUAAGCAGUCUACAUGAAGAGGUGGAGAAACUCCGUAAGAAAAAACAUGACUUGGAUAUCCGACUAGAGCGCCAGAAACAUUUGAACUUGGUGGACGAUCAAGUCGAUCAACAGCGCCAGUUACUUGGACCAAUUGUUGCCAAUCUACCUAAGUUGUCAAAGGAAUAUGAGAGUUUAGCCCAUGCUCUGGACACCACUCGUCACCAGAUCCCUACCCAGGGCGUUUAUCUCCCUGACGACGAGGAACAACUCCAAAGAAAACUAGAAAAGGAACUGUCAACAAGUGAACAAUUGCUGGGCGAGUUAUCAGUAAUGAUCAGACAGCCCGUCACCACAGUGACCGCGAUGUCUAAAGCUCUGGCGGCCAUGGAGAAAGCUGUGGGUGCCCAAACUCACGAACUCCGACAAUGUACAGAAAUGAUUUCAGCAACACAAAGCUUGACAAUACAAGAAACAUCGCUAAGAAUACAAGAAAUGCAGGCUUAGUGAUACAAUACAAGAAUUGUAGCUAUGGAUACAAGAAAUGCAGGCUUAGCGCUACUAUAUAAGAACUGUCACUAUGGAUGCAAGAAAUGCAGGCUUAGUGCUUCAAUAAAAGAAACGUCGCUAUGGAUGCAAGAAAUGUUGGCAUAGUGAUACAAUACAAGAAAUGUCACUACAGAUACAAGAAAUGUAGGUCUUGACAAACAAGAAAGGUCGCAAUGAAUACAAGGAAAUCAGGCCUAGUGAUACCAUAAAGAAACAUUGCUAUGGCUUAAAGAAAUAUAUAGGCUGAACAAACAAUGCAAGAAACAUCACAUAGAUAAGGAUAUUUCGAAAACAUCAAUUGUUUUUAUCUGGAUAUUUAUCUAAGUUGAUGUUUGGCAGCUGUGAUGACAACUCAAUGGAGGUUUCCUGAAUUUAUUCUUCAUGAUGACCAAGGUCUACACAAAUAAGGAAGGUGACUGUACGUUUAUAACAUAAUAACUAUACUUAUGAUAGAACUUAUAUAGAUGGAAGUCGAUACUGAAAAAGAAUAACUUUCUCGUUGUGAUAUUGCUGUACAUAUGAUAACAGUGUAUAACUUGUUAUCCAGAUUCCCGGAUGUGAAAUAUUUAUUGAAUUUCUAUGAAUAAAAUUCUUAGCACAUAUA